AAAACGAUAAGUUUCAGCUGUCAACCAAAGUCGAUCAUGAGCCGUUUUGAUUGGCACUGAACUCACAGAACUGAACCGAUCAUCUGAUUGCGAGUCAUCGUUUCGUGCUUUUAAUUUCGUUUGUUUGUUCACGAAAGUCUCCACGUCACCAUGCCUAAAGGAAAGUCCUACGAUUCCCGCUCUUCGAAGGCACCUAAGCGCGCCCGCGUCGUCCCUGAUCCACUGCCGCAACUUCCCCAGGAGAUCCUGGAGCAGAUCUUCCUGAACCUCAAUGCCAGGGAUCUUCUCCACGUACGGCGAACGUGUCUUCGCUGGCGAGACGCCGUCGGAAGCUGCUCCGGUCUGAGGGAUAAGUUUCGGCUUACGUAUCCGCCCCGCAAGUUUUGGAUGACCAUUCCUAAACCUCCCGGGACAGUGCCGGCUUCGACUGUGGAGUUCCAGCUGUUCAGUAAAUACCUCAAAAUCGGGGACAUCGAUCCGUGGUGGCCGCAGAUCGCUUCAACGGUGACCUGUCUCGUCAUGACCAGGUGCGAGUUCCCGUUGAACAUGUUGCGCCACGCACCGAACCUCAAAUCGCUGGAGCUGUAUUUUGCGAGGAUCGGUGGAUCGCAUAGAGUUAAUUUCAAACUGAACAAUCUGAGGAGUCUUUCUCUCAAAUAUACCGAAUCGCUUGAAUGCGUGAUUGACAUAGAUUCUAAACAUUGCGUUAUUGCCGAGUUGAUCCAGUCAUCCAAGAGCAGCCUUAAAAAACUGGUUCUGGAUGUUUCGAAACGCUAUCUGAAGACGAUCUCGCUGCCAGAUUUCGCCCAAGCUCAUCGAUCGAUUGACGAACUCACAAUCGUUAAUUCAACUGACGAUGACGCGAUGCUCAAGAUCCUUCAAGCUUCAACCAAUCUCAAGCGGCUUAAGCUAAAGUAUCCAAUGCCCUCCGAUGACGAUUACGACGGAAUUCUAAUGAUCCCGAACUUGGAGUGGCACUUGCCUAAGCUUCAGGAACUUGUUAUCAUAUCAUUUUUCUUGAAGGGAGAAUCGCUGUGCAGGUCCUUGCGAUCUUCACCCAACCUACGUUCGAUGAUUUUGGUUCGCUGUGAAUUCGAGAGUUGGAACCAGCUUUUUCGCCUGAUCACGCAGCCUAAGUCACUAUGCUCGCUGACCUUUACGAGAUUCUAUUGCAUAAAAAAGGACGAGGACGAACCGAUCCUCACUAACCCCAGCGAGAGUCUCCGUUAUCUUCGAAUUCGUGCUAAUAGGCGAGUUCAACUUCCAAGUGCCAAAGUAUUCGCACUAUUCCCGCAUCUGACCGAACUAAUCCACGUACUCGACUACCAGCUCUCUGAUGUGCUGGUCAAGGAAGCUUGUCGGACGUUGACCCGGUUGGAGAGACUGACGAUGGGCGAUGGAAGAACUACGACCCACUGUGCCGUAGCGUACAUCCGGCGCUACUGCCGGGACCUGAAACACUUGACACUGCUAGGGUACUGGAGGUUGAAGAAGACAGAUAAGCAGUACUUGGAGCAGAACAUGGUCAGUUUCAGACUUUGCCGCAUUGACUGGCUACGAUUCGACAACGAUUCUGAAGAUGACCUUAUUUAGGACUUGAUUUUUUUUUCUGGCUCAAAAAUUUGUUUUUUACCAUAUUAACUAUAUAAAUUCAUUUUUGACUUCCUCAAUGAGGAAAAACUCUAAAAGUUGAGUAAAAAUAAACUACCUAAAAAUACACAAAAACCUGUUUUUA